GUGAACAUGUUUUUCUGUUGAUUACAACCGAACCAUCAGGCUCCGUGUUCAGAUUUAUCUUCCGCAAUGAGAGCACGAACGAACUCAGAAGAACUACAUUUUCCAUAUCACCUACAAACUGGACGCAUCCUCUCCCACUGAAACUAUUGGCUACCCCCGACAUCAGUCAUCGAUGGUACUUCCCAAACAAGCUGAAUGUCGUAAUCUCCCUUUGAAUCUACUGGCUAACCCCGUUGCUAACCAUCUAAGGUCGUUGGCGUCGUUUCCAUGGCUACGUUAUUACGGGUUUUCAGAAGUUCAGAUCACCAGCAAACUGUACAAAAGUGAAAGAAGCAAUGUCAGACAUUGAAGAAGAGGAGCUCAGCUUUGGAGAGUCAGAGGAAGUAGAGGAGGAGGAGGACACCAAGGAGGAAGGUGAGGGGGAGCACGAAGGAGAGGAUGCCGUGUUAGAGCCAGAAGACCAGAUUGUUGCCUGCCCAGUCACUCAGGAGAUGAUCGCUCAUGGUCUGUCAAUGCUAUGUAAGAUUGGGAACGGUCUGGCUCACGCUUUUGUCAAAAUGGAUUUGAGAGACAGGAGACUGACAGACAUCGCUCUGCUUAGCAACUUUGUCCACCUGCGGUUCCUGGACAUCUCAUCCAAUUGUCUGUCAGACUUGUCUCCACUGGCAGCGCUCACGCAACUUCUCUGGCUGAACGUGGAUGGAAAUCGGGUGGAGAGUUUGGCCGGCCAGCCAAUGAACCAAAUGGCCUAUUUACAAUGCCUCAGUAUGGCAACCAAUCGUAUCCAUAGUCCUGAGGGCCUCAAAGGUCUGGCCCUAGAGAGCCUCAAUCUGAUUGGUAACAGCAUUCGGCGAAUGUCAGGUCUGCAAUGUGACAGACUGGGAAACUUAGUGACUCUGGAACUGAGAGGGAAUAAGCUGGAGACGACAGAUGGCAUCCAGCUGCCAAAUCUGCGCAGACUCUACCUGGCUCAGAACCGCAUUAAGCAGCUGAAGGGACUGGACCAUCUGGAGCGACUUACCACCCUGCACCUGCGGGACAACCAGUUGGAGAUCCUAGAUGGCAUGAGUGCCAACAUGAAGGCUCUACAGUACCUGAACAUCAGGGGUAACCUGGUGUCCUCCCAGAAAGCUCUGCACUCUCUGACAAGUGUAUCAGGCACCUUGCAGACGCUAGUUUUGUCUGAGAACCCGCUGGCUGAGGCCGAGGAUUACCGUCUGCAUUUGCUGGCCCGGCUGCCCCUGCUGGAGAGGUUGGACAAGAAGCCUGUCACAGCAGACGAGAGGGAGGAGGCCCAGGCUGUGCUCAGGGAAUUUGAAGAAGAUGACAUCUUGGAACAAGAUUAGUCACAUCUACAAGGGAUGUGACUUAAGCCGUGAUAUUCUUUUCACAUCUCUUGAACCAUGCAGGAAUCAGUCCUUAAGUUCAGUUUUAGCUUGUUUCUAAGCUCUGUCCACAUCACUGAAAUCAAUGUGGUUGGUUUAUCAUAUUUUCAUUGGUUCCAUUAAAGUGUCUAAUAACCUAGUUUUUCUCUUCUAAACUUAAAAAAAUAAUAAUUAAGUGCACAUUAUUAUAAUCAAGGCUGCCAACUCUCACGCAUCUUGAGUGACUUUCAUACUUUGACUCACGCUCAUGCAAUAAUUCUUAUGGCAAAUCUAUAUUAUUCCAUUAUGAACCUAAAAUUAGCUACGUCAAAAGCAUUGGGGUAGUUUGCAAA